AUGGACGACACGGCGCACAAUAUAACAGAAGAAUGUAAGGUUGACUUAGCGCUAGAACUCCGUUCGUUCCGUAACGAGCUUAAAGCUGAGCUUAAGGAUGUUAGAAAUGAGAUUCAUGAGUGUAGAAUUGAAAUAUCAGAAUUUAAGACUGCUCUGAGCGCAUUUGAUGUCAAAAUGUCGGAACUAGAGAGUAGACUUAGCACUUUAGAAACCAAAUGCGCCCAAGUAAUGCCUGAAAAUGUCAACACAUUUGAGGAAAAUAUAAGUCAUUUGAAGGCACAGCUCAAUAACAGGGACCAGGAGCUUCUACUAAACGAUAUAGAUCUUUCUGGAAUACCGGAACAGAACGGAGAAAAUCUCUCAAAUAUAGUUAUAGCGCUGUCUACAAAGUUGGGGAUAACAUACGAGGAGAGAGAUAUUGUACGCGUGGAACGAGUCGGUUCAGUGCGUCGCAAUAGAGUGGAGAGGAGUGCUAAUGACGACCUUAAUACACUGCGACCUCGCACUAUUGUCGUGCGGUUCGUGCGCAGAUUGACACGAGAUCAGUGGCUGCGAGCGACCUGCAUACGACGGAACCUAACUACGAAAGAUAUCGAUGUGCCCGGGAAGUCGGGUAAUGUCUAUGUCAAUGAAUGA